AUGUCUUGCUGUGGAGGAAACUGUGCCUGUGGCUCAGCCUGCAAGUGCGGCAGUGGCUGCGGAGGAAGCAAGAUGUACCCUGACAUGAGCUACGCAGAGAGCACAACAACUGAGACCCUCAUUGUUGGUGUUGCACCCCAGAAGAUUUAUUCUGAGGGAUCUGAGAUGGGUGUGAGUGCUGAGAAUGGAUGCAAGUGUGGAGCUAACUGCACCUGUGAUCCUUGCAAUUGCAAAUGAGCAAACAAAUCACAGAGCCCUUGAAGCAGAGAUGAUGACCUCUCAUAAUAUAUAUAAGCAGUAGUAGUAAUUAGGUGUGUCCAUGGUUGUGGGGGUGUAGGACAGGCUGGUGAUGAUGAUGGUGAAGAUAGGCCCUGUGCUCUGUAAUAAAGUGGACAUGUAAUAAAGUGGACAUGGAUGGUUUCAUGGUUGCUUUUGUGUCUUUCUUUUUGUAUAAAUGUUUUCAGUUAUGGAUGAUGAGAGUCUCUGCUUGUAAUGGGUAAUUGAGUAAGAUGGAGGAGAGAGUUUUUAAUUGAAUGGAUUGAAACUCCUUUAUUCUGCUAGAAGAAAUAUCUUCUUUUAAUUGCUGUGAAUUAAAUUUUCUAAUCUGUGCACCGUGGCGGGUGUGAAUAGUGAUGUUAAUGGAGUCCAUAUUUGCGAACUUGAGUUCGAGUCUGAUGAGUGUUUUUUGUUUUUUUUAGACGAG